CAAGACUGGCACCUCCUAUGGCCUAGUGCCUACUGCCUGUGGUGCCGAGCGCUACUACCGGACCAUUUUCAACCCAUUUCCGGGAUGAGCUGAGACCUCAGUUCACGCCGAGGCCCCAGCCCCCUCCCUCUUGCUCUGAGCAGACCUGCUCUUAAGGAGGGCAUGAUGGAUGGAUCUCCGGAGGAUGGGGAUGAGUUCCCAGACUCCCAGGGUCACGGUACCGACUGGAGGUUUGCUGUGUGCAGUUUCAGGGAUGCCUGGGAUGAGGAGGAACUUGCUCCCCAGAUGCAGGUUAAGGACGCCAAUCCUCCAAGACCACCAGCAGGGGCACCCCCGGGUGAACGGCUACAGGGCAACCCUUUGCCUGUGGAGCUUCCAUCACCUCCAGGACAGAUAACUGAAGAUGGGUCGGGGGAUGGCAAGAGGGGCACAUUAGGAGGUUCCUCAGGAAAGUCAGAGGAACCAGUCGCCUCUAAAAUGGAGAGCCUCCUAUGCCCAGUGUUCUCCCGCUGCAGCCUGGCACAGGGUGAGAGUACCAGGAAAGGGGGAGGCUUGGCCAGCGACCCAGUUCCAGACAGGGUAACAAUGCCAGCUGGCUUGGACCCUGGAGGGUUGGACAGUGACCGUGUGCACCUGGGAGACCCUUUAUCUGAGACAUCACCAGAGCUGCUGGAGACAGACCCCAGUCGAUCCAGCCUUCCUAAGCCCACUGACUGCCUCCUGGCCCAAGACCUCACCUGGGAGCUGCUGGCUAGUGGCAUGGCUGCCUUACCAGGGACUCGGGAUAUAGAAGGCCGGGCAGUGCUGCUGCUGUGUGCCCAUAGCCCAACCUGGCUUCAUUCCAAGUGCAGCAGCCAUGAACUCACCCGCCUCUUACUCUACUUGCGAAGCAUCCCCAGGCCGGAAGUACAGGCCCUGGGACUGACUGUGCUAGUGGAUGCCCGAAUUUGUCCCCCGAACUCUUCCCUCUUCUUGGGGCUCAGCCAACUGCAAGAAGCAGCCCCAGGGUCGGUGCAUCAGGUGCUGCUAGUGGGAAAAAAGCCUGAGGAGGUGCCUUCAGGGCUGCAGCUAGAGCAGUUGUCCUCUCAUCAGAGCCUGCUGACCCACAUCUCCACCUCAGGGUUACCGGCUUCACUGGGAGGAGGCCGGCCUUACUGCCACCAGGCCUGGCUGGACUUCCGGAUGCGUCUGGAAGCCCUACAGCAGAGCUGCCAGGUGGUUUGUGCCCUGCUCCAGGGGGUCAUUGAGAGCAUGAAGGCUGUGCCCCGGCCCAUGGAGUCUGGGGAAGUUAGUCGGCUGCUACGGCAGGUCCGGGUCCUGAUGCAGCAUGUACUAGACUCGCCACAGCUGGCAUGGCUACAAUGCCAGGGCGGCUUGGAGCUGGCAUGGCUAAAGCAGGAGGUCCCAGAGGUGACCCAGAGCCCAGACUACAGGCCAGCGGUGGACAAGGUCGAUGAGCUGUAUGGCCGUGUCGAUGGGCUUCUGCACCAACUGACCAUGCAGAGUAACCGGCGAGUACAGGCGCUGGAAUUGGUCCAGACGCUGGAGGCCCAGGAGGGCGAGCUUCACCAGAUUGAAGUGUGGCUACAGCAGGUGGGCUGGCCAGCACUGGAGGAACCUAGGGAGCCCUCAUUGGACGUGCUGCUCCAGGCCCAAGGCCCUUUUCGGGAACUAGAGCAGGUUGCCCAGGAGCAGGUCAGGCGAGGGCAGAAGUUUCUGCAGCCACUGACUGGCUGGGAGGCGGCUGAACUGGGCUCCCCUGGGGCCCGCUUUCUGGCCCUGCAGUCCCAGCUGACUGAAUUCUCUAGGGCUUUGGCCCAGCGGAGGCAGCGGCUGACAGAUGCUGAGAAGCUAUUGCGAUUCUUCAAGCAGGCCUCGACAUGGGCUGGGGAAGGGCAGCGGGUGUUGGCAGAGCUGGAGCAGGAAUGCCCAGCAGUCGUGCUGCAACGGCUGCAGCUGCACUGGACCAAACACCCUGACUUGCCCCCUGCCCACUUCCGAAAGAUGUGGGCCCUGGCCACAGGCCUGGGUUCUGAAAGCAUCCGCCAGGAGUGCCGCUGGGCCUGGGCGCGGUGCCAGGACACCUGGCUGGCCCUGGACCAGAAGCUAGAGGCUGCCCUGAAGCCACCAUCGAUGAGCAGCACAGCUAGCCAGUGUGUCAGCCAGUUACCAGCUGCACCUGCCACCCCUCCCCUGAGGAAGGCCUACAGCCUCGAUCGGAAUCUGGGGCAGAGUCUCAGAGAGCCUGCCCACCACUGCCACCGUGCGGCCAUUGUGGCUGCCUGCCACAGACCAGAGGCUGGAUUUGGUGCCCAGCCAGAGUCAUCCCCCACCAUGCCUCUGCCAGGCACCUCUGACCCUAGGAGCCUCAACAGGCUCCAGCUGGUGCUGGCAGAGAUGGUGGCUACAGAGCGGGAGUAUGUCCGCGCACUUGACUAUACCAUGGAGAACUACUUCCCUGAGCUAGAUCGCCCCGAUGUGCCCCAGGGCCUCCGUGGCCAGCAUGCUCACCUCUUUGGCAACCUGGAGAAGCUACGGGACUUCCACUACCAUUUCUUCCUGCGUGAGCUGGAGGCCUGCACGCGGCACCCACCCCGGGUGGCCUAUGCCUUCCUACGCCACAAGGUGCAGUUUGGGAUGUAUGCGCUGUACAGCAAGAAUAAACCGCGCUCCGAUGCCCUGAUGACCAGCUACGGUCAUGCCUUCUUCAAGGACAAGCAGCAAGCGCUGGGGGACCACCUGGACUUGGCCUCCUACCUGCUGAAGCCCAUCCAGCGCAUGAGCAAGUACGCGCUGCUGCUGCAGGAGCUGGUGCGGGCCUGUGGGGGGGCCGUGCAGGAGCUGAGUGCCCUGCGGGCCGCCCAGAGCCUCGUGCGCUUCCAGCUGCGACAUGGCAAUGACCUGCUAGCCAUGGACGCCAUCCAGGGCUGUGACGUUAAUCUCAAGGAACAGGGGCAGCUGGUGCGACAAGAUGAGUUCACCGUUCGCACUGGGCGCCACAAGUCCCUGCGUCGCAUUUUCCUCUUUGAGGAGCUGUUGCUUUUCAGCAAGCCUCGCCGAGGACCCACAGGCAUUGACAUAUUUGCCUACAAGCGCUCCUUCAAGAUGGCAGACCUUGGCCUCACUGAGUGCUGUGGGGAUAGCAACCUGCGCUUUGAGAUCUGGUUCCGCCGUCGCAAGGCCAGGGACACCUUUGUGCUGCAAGCUGCCAGCUUGGCCACCAAGCAGGCUUGGACGGCUGACAUUUCCCGCCUGCUCUGGAAGCAGGCCGUCCACAACAAGGAGGUACGUAUGGCUGAGAUGGUGUCGAUGGGUGUGGGGAGCAAAGCCUUCCGGGACAUCGCCUCCAAUGAGGAAGCUAUCAAUGACCGUACCAUUGACUACGUUUUAAAGUGCCGAGAAGUUCGCUCUCGGGCCUCCAUUGCUGUGGCCCCGUUUGACUGUGACAGUUCGUAUAUGGGGGACUUGAGCUCCCUUCCUGCCAACCCCGCCUCUUGCUCUGUAUUGGGAUCCCUCAACCUUCACCUGUACAGAGACCCGGCUCUUCUGGGUCCCCGCUGGCCCCUGUAUUCUACCAGCUUUCCAGAGGAAGCAGCAUUGGAGGCUGAAGCGGAGCUGGGCAGCCAGCUGUCUUUGACUCCUGAAGACGCGGAGGUCUCGUCCCAGUGCCUGUCAGCCAGUGGCUCCAGUGGCUCUGACAGCAGCUGUGUGUCAGUGCAGGCCCUGGGCAGGGGCCUCGAGGACUUGUCCUAUGUCUGAGCCCAGCUCGAAGGUGAGCAGAGCAUCCAGCAGCCUGAGCUCCAAGGACCAUCACCCCUCUCUGGAUCUACUCUGACCAGGGCAUGGCUGUGCCUGGGCCACUUCCAGCUCACACACUGCCCUACUGACUACCUUUUCUGAUGUAUAUGCCCAUUGGACAGACUGACGGGCCUCUCCAGCGGAGCCUGCGGUAGAGUCUGGAUGAGCAGCACCCUGAUCCUGGGCUGCUGGCCCCAUGUCCCCUCUUCUGUCCCUUCUCCAGCUCCCAUCCCGUGUGGGUUAGGACUAGGCUGAGCAGAGAUGGGUGUGUCUAUUCUCCAGGCUUGUAGGGCACCAGGUGGCUCCAGGCAGUGACCGGGCUACCCCACCGCUUAGGAGGAACACAGGUGGGUUCCCAGCAGCUACUUCCUAACCCCUGGUCUCGAAGCCAAGCUCCUCAAACUGAGGGGCACGCCCACCCCUACUACGCCCUGACUUUUGCCUGCCCUGGCUCCCCAGGCCCAGCACCUUCUUUCCUGGGUCAGUUGGGUUAUAUUGACUCAAUGCCUUUAGAAUAACUUUCAGUUAGAUUCGUUGUUUAAAAUUAUUUCACUGGUUGUCAGGUCUGUGGUAUCUCAGGGAGUCAGGCCUUUGACUUGUGAUUUACUCUUUAUUUGUUUAUAAUA